UAAUUGUAUGGCGGUUAGCAAUGAAUAGUUUUAUCUUUGAAACAAUCUAGAUGUACAUUUAUGUGCCUUUGCUAAGGACGUAAAACCCCAGUCCGGUAGUCCGGUAGGGAAUAAAUAAUAUAGCAUGGCAGAACAGGGGCUUUCUGAAGAACAGAUAGCAGCUAUUAAGCAUGCCUUUGCUAUCUACGAUCGUGGUGGGGAAGGAGUUAUUCUUACAAGAGAGAUAGGAACACUCAUGAAAUCUCUGGGAUACAACGUACCAAAAGAUGAACUUGUUGAUAUCAUGAACGAGGUUGAUUUUGAAGGUAAAGGAACCAUAGGAAUACAAGAGUUUAUGUCAGUAAUGGUUAAUAGAUCAAAAGAAGAAGCGUUCUCUAAAAAGCUGAUAGAUGCCUUCCGAGUAUUUGAUGUCAGAGGAAAAGGUGUUGUUGACACUGAUGUUGUUCGCCAUAUAUUUUCUUCAAUGGAAGAAGAAAUGCCAGAUGAGGAAAUAGACGAAAUGUUGAAGGAAGCUAAAAUUGAUAGGGAUGGUAAUAUAAAGUAUGAAGAUUUUGUUAGACAGAUAGUUAGAUGAUAUGUAAAAAGUAACAGAAUCUUACCUAUAGAUAAUGCACAUUUUUAAUAACUGCCAAAACAUACUGGAUAUUUGACAGUCGAGGGAUAUUCCUAUGUAUAUGUACAUAUUGAGAUGCAUGCUGGUUGAUUUUCAUAGAAAUGCUAGCAGGACAUACAUAUACUGUGCUAUAAAUGUUAAUGCUAGAUGUUCGUUCUCAUAUAGGAAAUAUAAUUUUUUUGCAAGCUAAAACUAUGUUUUAAGCCUUAUACAUUACCAACCAUGCUCGGUACAGUUUAUAGUAUUGGCUCUUACAAUUUUGUAUGUCUUCAAUCCAUGUAUUAUUUUUUUCUGUUUUAAUGUAUGUUGUAUACUUAUUUGGUGGUACAUCUACAUACAGGCUCGUUUACGUGUUCAAACAUUUCCUUGAUAAAGUGUUUUGGAAGUUUAAAUAUGAUUCAAAAUGUUUGACAGAUUUGGAUGGUCUUUAGUUAAGUAGAACUAUUUCCUAUUUUCCUGUAAAAGAUUGCUUGCCUAUGACGAAUAAUGACCGAAGUUGGCGAGUUUGGGAAUGCAAGGUAAACAAAGCACAAUGGAAAUUAAUAAAAAGCAG